UGCGCGCGCCUCUGGGAAGGCGGGGCUGGUCGGGCUCGCGCUGAGCCGCUGUCAGAAUUCCCGGGACUUCCACUCGCAACUGCGCUUCCGGCAGAGUCUGCGGGUGCCCCACUCCACACUUCGCAAAACGUUUACUGUUUUGGAGUUUAAAAUAUGUCAUCAUGGCAAAGUUUCGAAGAAGGACUUGCAUCAUUUUGUCACUUUUUAUUCUAUUUAUUUUCUCUCUGAUGAUGGGUUUAAAAAUGCUGAGACCAAAUGCAGCUGGUUUUGGAGCUCCUUUUGGACUGGACCUUCUUCCAGAACUUCAUCAACGAACUAUUCAUUUGGGAAAAAAUUCUGGCUACCAAAAGAGUAACAGAAUCAACAGUGAAGUAAAUACCAAGAAUAAAAAUGUUGAAAUCACUGUGAAACCUUCUAAAGCCUCUGAACUAAACUUGGAAGAACUGCCACCUCUGAAUUAUUAUUUACAUGUAUUUUAUUACAGUUGGUAUGGAAAUCCACAAUUUGAUGGUAAAUAUAUACAUUGGAACCAUCCAGUCUUGGAACACUGGGACCCUAGAAUAGCCAAGAAUUAUCCACAAGGGAGACACAGCCCUCCAGAUGACAUUGGCUCCAGCUUUUAUCCUGAGUUGGGAAGUUACAGCUCUCGGGAUCCUUCUGUCAUAGAAACUCACAUGAAACAAAUGCGCUCAGCUUCAAUUGGUGUACUAGCCCUGUCUUGGUAUCCUCCUGAUACAAAUGAUGAGAAUGGAGAACCUACUGAUGACUUGGUACCGACUAUUUUGGAUAAAGCUCAUAAAUAUAAUCUGAAGGUUGCUUUUCAUAUAGAACCAUAUAGCAAUCGAAAUGAUCAAAACAUGUACAAAAAUAUCAAGUAUAUAAUAGACAAAUAUGGAAAUCAUUCAGCCUUUUACAGAUAUGAGACAAGGACUGGGAAUGCUCUUCCUAUGUUUUACAUCUAUGAUUCCUAUAUCACAAAGCCAGAAAAAUGGGUCAAUCUGUUAACCCCUUCCGGAUCUCACACUGUUCGCAAUUCUGCUUAUGAUGGAUUAUUUAUUGCACUUCUAGUAGAAGAAAAACAUAAGUAUGAUAUUCUGCAAAGUGGUUUUGAUGGAAUUUAUACCUACUUUGCCACAAAUGGCUUUACUUAUGGCUCAUCACAUCAGAACUGGGCUAGUCUAAAAAUCUUCUGUGAUAGAUACAACUUAAUAUUUAUCCCAAGCGUGGGUCCAGGGUACAUAGACACUAGCAUCCGUCCAUGGAACUCUCAAAACACGCGGAACCGAAUCAAUGGGAAGUAUUACGAAGUUUCUCUGAGUGCUGCACUUCAGGCCCAACCCAGUUUAAUUUCUAUUACUUCCUUUAAUGAGUGGCAUGAAGGGACUCAGAUUGAAAAAGCCGUUCCCAAAAGAACCAGCAAUACAGUGUACCUAGAUUACCGGCCCCAUAAACCAGGUCUUUAUCUAGAAUUAACUCGUAAGUGGUCUGAAAAAUACAGUAAGGAAAGAGCAACUUAUGCUCAUAAAAAGUUGCCUGCCUCUUAAUGUAUUGGUUAAAGUAUAAUAACUAUCAAAAUCCUCUAAUUUCAGUAAAGGCCUUUUGUUUUGAAGUAUAGGGAAAACCUUUCAAAACCAAAAUGCACUGUUUCUGUUACUCUUUAAUAUAAAUAUUUUAAAAGAUGAUGUUGAUCAUUGCUACCCUUUACAAUACUGCACUGAGAAAAUAUCUAAGAUAAAAAUUGUGUAAAUAACAUUCGUGUGGUGUAAUUUGCUGUGUUUCUAACUGAAAUUGAAAUUCUGAUUUGAUGACUGUUUGAUUGUCAUUUCAUGGUAGGUAAAUUCCUUUGUUCCAUAAAGCAGUUAGCACACAGUUAAAUCACACUUACCUACUGGGACCAGAAAAAUAGGACUAUGUGUGUAUUCUAUCAAAGAAAACAAACCUAAAAGGUUGCAUUUAUGUUUCAUUUUUUUUAUCAGUGACCCAAGCAACUUUAUUAUAUUGGUAUUUAGACUUUGAAUAAAUAUACAAUAAUGUUGAAAUUCUUAAGACUAAUAAAAUCACUGUAACUUCCUCUCAGUUUGACAGUGAAUCUGAAACUGCAUUAAAAAAAUAGACUUUUGUAAACCAGCACUGUGUUGUAGCAGGGGGAGCCACCACCUGCAGUCCUGGCAUCCCAAAUGGGUGCUGGUUCAAGUCCCAGCUGCUCCACUUCCAUUACAGCUCUCUGCUGUGGCCUGGGAAAGCAGUAGAAGAUGGCCCAAGUGCCUGGGCCCCUGCACCCACAUGGAAGACCUGGAAUAAGCUCCUGGCUCCUGGCUUUGGAUCGGCUCAGCUUGGCCAUUGCGGCCAUUUGGGGAGUGAACCAGCAGACGGAGACCUCUUUCUCUCUCUGUCUCUGCCUCUCUGUAACCCUGCCUUUCAAAUAAGUAAAUAAAUCUUUAAAAAAAAGAAAAGAUUUUUUUUUUUGUUUAA